AUGCAGCAGCUGUCACCACCACCCGUCCUGCAGCAGCUGUCACCACCACUGCGCCUGCAGCAGCUCAAACCACCACCACCCCUGCAGCAGCUGUCACCACCACCGCCAAUGCAGCAGCUCAAACCACCACCACCCCUGCAGCAGCUGUCACCACCACCGCCAAUGCAGCAGCUCAAACCACCACCACCCCUGCAGCAGCUGGUACCACCACCGCCCCUGCAGCAGCUGUCACCACCACCACCCCUGCAGCAGCUGGUACCACCACCGCCCCUGCAGCAGCUGUCACCACCACCGGCCCUGCAGCAGCUCAAACCACCACCGCCCCUGCAGCAGCUGUCACCACCACCGGCCCUGCAGCAGCUCAAACCACCACCACCCCUGCAGCAGCUGGUACCACCACCUCCCCUGCAGCAGCUCAGCUGGUACCACCACCCGUCCUGCAGCAGCUGUCACCACCACCCGUCCUGCAGCAUCUGGUACCACCACCCGUCCUGCAGCAGCUGUCACCACCACCCGUCCUGCAGCAUCUGGUACCACCACCCGUCCAGCAGCAGCUGGUACCACCACCCGUCCUGCAGCAGCUGGUACCACCACCCGUCCUGCAGCAUCUGGUACCACCACCCGUCCUGCAGUAGCUGGUACCACCACCCGUCCUGCAGCAGCUGGUACCACCACCCGUCCAGCAGCAUCUGGUACCACCACCCGUCCUGCAGCAUCUGGUACCACCACCCGUCCUGCAGCAGCUGGUACCACCACCCGUCCUGCAGCAGCUGGUACCACCACCCGUCCUGCAGCAGCUGGUACCACCACCCGUCCUGCAGCAUCUGGUACCACCACCCGUCCAGCAGCAUCUGGUACCACCACCCGUCCUGCAGCAGCUGGUACCACCACCCGUCCUGCAGCAUCUGGUACCACCACCCGUCCUGCAGCAGCUGUCAGCACCACCGCCCCUGCAGCAGCUGUCACCACCACCACUCCUGCAGCAGCUGUCACCACCACAGCCCCUGCAGCAGCUGUGACCACUACCACCCUUGCAGCAGCUGUCACCACCACCGCCCCUGCAGCAGCUGUUACCACCACCGCCCCUGCAGCAGCUGCAGCUGGUACCACCACCACUCCAGCAGCUGUCACCACCACCACUCCUGCAGCAGCUGGUACCACCGCAGCUUCGGCAGCAACCACUUCCACUGCUGUCGCAUCAACUGA